CUUAAGAAGGCGUUGGACGCGCCGUUAAAGUGACCGCAACCACGGCGCCACAUUUGAAGAGGCUUCCGACCGUCCGAAUUUGAAGAGGCUUCUCCAGAGGGUGCAUGUGCAACGGUGCUGUGCGGGAUCACAGAAUCAGAGACGGUUAUAAGCAAGCGAAGGAGAACGGGCUGGCCCUUCUUUUCGGCUAUCUUCCUCAGCUCUGGUCGAAAUCCGUCCCCGCGUAUAGUAUGUUACAUCGAGAUGCCGGCCCCGAAGGUACUCAUUAAGGCACUUGUCUACGGACUUUGCUUGUUCCCAGCGGCCUUUGCGCAGAGGGGCUCCACCGACUCGAGCAGCGGCUCGUCCUCCAACCGCCUUGGAUCUUGCACACAACCUCUCGUUCGUCGAGAAUUCCGUGAACUCUCAGACACUGAGAAACAAGCCUACAUAGACGCAAGUCUUUGCCUACGGGACCGUCGGCGAUCGCCCAGCCUGCUACCGGACUCGCCUAGUCAAACCAUAUACGAUGAUCUGGUCUAUGUCCAUAUGCAGUUUGCGGCCCUGACCCAUAAUACGGCCCAGUUCCUUCCUUGGCACAGGUACUUCAUCGGUAUAUACGAAAAGCUACUCCGCGAACAAUGCGGCUACAGUGGAGCAGUCCCGUACUGGGAUUGGAGCCUGGAUUCACAAGCGCCUGAGCGCUCCGAGCUGCUUACACCGAAGUGGUUCGGCGCCAACGGGGACAGAAGCAACGAAAACUGCUUGAGUUCCGGUCAAUAUCGCCAAGCCAAGCCUCGCUUCACAGAUGGUCAAAGGGAAGAUUGCAUCCGCCGACAGUGGAGAGACGAAGAAACCGGGAGCCGGUUGCCCUCUUUGGCAUCGUACCCAUACGUCAUGGAGAUUCUGGAAACCGCGACGGAUUCCUAUAACACCUUCCGGGAGGCGCUUGAGCACGGGCCUCAUGACCAGGUUCAUUCCUCCCUUGGAGGCGACAUGGCAAAUACGACAAUAUCGGUCAAUGAUCCCCUGUUUUGGGCACAUCACACUAACCUCGAUCGCCUUUGGAGCAUAUGGCAGGAAGAGAACCCGCGCCUGGCCAAUACCUACAAUGGCCCUAGGGACCGGGACAACGAAAACGCCCACGACGCCAGGCCCGACGACGAAAUGCUGUUUGGAGGCCUGUAUCCUAACGCUCGCGUUCGACAGGUGUUCUCGCUGACAUCUGGGGACGUGCAGUGCUAUGCGUAUUCCAAGUCCGUUGCGUUCGACUCCGUCAGCUUUGCCGGCCAAGGAUCGGCUCGCGGUGGAUCCAACAGCCGCAAGGAGAGACGUGCUGCAUUCGCUCGCAGGCAGAUCGGCGCUGGCAGUCCCCCAAGCCGACACGGGUCGCCUUACAACCCGGUUACCCCUGGGCCAUACGAUCGUGACGACAAAUACAAUAUUCGCCACGUCGCGCCCAUACCAGAAUCGUAUUUGCGCGUCAAUAUGAAGUACAGCGAUGCCAAGAUCAAACGUGUGCGAGAGCACGAAGCUUUCUACCGCGAAUUCACAAAUUACGUCAACGCCGCCGAUGGAUUCGUCUCGCACAACGCGUUGUCAUACCAGGAGACCGCCAGUGGAUACAGGCCGCGCACGGAGGAGGAAGCUGAACUGCGUAAAUGGAUGGUUAGGACGCUCUGCAAGGCAGCCAACCAGGUCAUCAAGGCGCUGAAUGUCAAGCCCGAUGAUGUGAAAGAUGUGCUCGACGGGCUCAAGAACCUCGCAAAGAACACCGGCGUUGGCAGCUUGUGGUCGGCGAGGCCCAUUGCGAGUGUAGCGGGACAGUAGGGACGGGGAGAAACUUCCCCUUUACCUUGGACUGGACUUUUUCCGUGGACAUUUCCUCCUUCUCUUCCGCCUCAGCAUUCAUUCAUGUACAUUGACCCUCGCGUAUUUCGGACCUGUUUAUAAUAGUAUCUUGUCAUCGUCAUUAUUGUCAGU